CUCCGGGGCCAUAAAACUUAGCCAGCUCACUUUUGAGAUCAAUCUAAAAAUCUCAGAUUCCGGGCUUAACUUAGACCGUCUCACUUUUAGUGUGCCAUAAAGGGAGACUGAGCUCAUUUUAAAUUUUCUCACUUGAGACAGAAACUGAGACCAAAACCGAGCAGGAUAUCGAAUGAAUUGUGGGAUAUUGUUUACAUGUGACAGUGCCACGCCCACUAGGAAUUGCGCAAUAAUGAAAAGUAUUAAAAUAAAAUUUAAAAUAAAGACUGUUUUUUGUUCUUUAUGCUUACUAUAUGUUAAUUGUUACGUCAUUUUUAAUAAUUGACGUCACUGACGUCAUCAACGUUAAUUAAAGCAGCAGGCAGCACAAAGAAACAUGGCAGAUAAUGAUAUAGAAUUUCUUUUGACAAAAAAUGAUGAGGAAAAAAACGUUAACGAACCAUACUGGAGUAAGCUAGAAAAAGAAAUAUUAUACGAGGAAGCAAGUCGGCGGGUAGGUGUUUUGGACUCAAAGUUUAAAGGUGCCCAGUGCGGCAAAGCAGAGAAAAAUCGCGCCUGGGAAGAGAUAACAGCAAUUGUCAAUGCAAAGGGGACCACCAAGAGAAGAACAAUGAAACAAGUGAAAAAACAAUGGUCAAACAUGAAGCAACGAGCUAAAAAACUGAAUAGUCAGGGGAAGUAUCCUGUAACAGGUGGAGGUCCAAAGCCUCCCUCUCCCUCCCCAAUAGAUGAGGCUGUGCUCUCUCUCCUAUCUGGACGACCCUCCCUGGAGGGUGUUGAGGGGGGUUUAGAAACAUCUACACAAAACAUCCCAAACUUAUACGAACCAGGACCAUCAAGCUGCACCACAGCACAGUCCACUACUCUCCAGACAGAGACAUCUCCUAAAGAUACAUCCAGAAAAAGAAAAAAUAACAUUAAUGACAUACAUGUAGAGGUUUUAUUUGCUGAGAAAGAAAAACUCAAGUUAGAAAUGGAAUAUAUCAAACUAAAAAUAAAGAAAGUGUCAUCAGAAAUUGAGCUAAUAGAAAUGAAAAAAAAUUCUCUGAUGACAUCAAGUUGUCUAUCUAUUUCACAGUUUACAGAACUAUGA